GGAGUUCCCCAUUCCCACCAGAACGUCACACCUCCAAUUGACACCUGGAGUGUGAGUAUUCCGCUGACUUCUAUGACCUGUGGUGGUCCUCUAGUGCCGUAUGCUUGGACCGCAGAACAAACAAGCGACGCUCCUGUGCUGUCCAAGAGCAGAACGGCCCCACAGCUGGAAGCACAGGCAGUAUGCUCUUCCCAACAACAACCCUCCGCAUUUGGCGGAGUUGGUGGCGAUAAAGGAGGGUGAGGAAGAGCAGCUGGAGCUGCCGCAUGUGAAUCAGUUCGAACUACACCCACUCAUCUACCCUUUCCAACGCCCCCUCCUCGACUUCUGCGCCGCCAACGACAUCUUUGUGCAAGCAUAUUCUAGUCUGGGUGAAGGCAACCUCAUCCCUCCCCCACCUCCACAGUCCCUUGACACAUCACCCACAAUAUCAACAACAAUCCCAGAAACCCCAACACCAGCAACAAGAGUCUCAAUAACCCACCUACACACCCUCCUCACCACCCUCGCCCACAAUCACACCCCCUCACCAACACCCGCCCAACUCCUCCUCGCGUGGGCCCUGGUCCACUCAUGGGGCGUGAUACCGAAAUCGACCUCAUUGGCACGCAUGCGUGAGAAUCUGGGGGCUGUGGAUGUUGCUUUGGAUUGGGAGGAUGUGCAGGUAUUGGAUGGGGUUGUGGGGGAGGAGGGGGUGGUGAAGUUCUGUUGGGAUCCUAGCAGGAUUAGGUAGUGUAUGUAGCGGCGUAUGAGGGGAGGUGACGAUGUAGUGCAAUGAAAUGGGA